AUGCAGCAGCAGAUGCUGCAGCAGCAGCACAUGGCGCAGCAUGAAGCUGCAUCUAGGGCCGCUGCGGCAGCGAAAGACGUAGAUCGAUUGCAGGAGCAAGUGCUUGAGCUUGAAACAGCGCUGAAGAAUACAGAAGAAGAAAAGCGCCAGCAGCGGCAGCAAGUCCACAAGUACCGCCAAGAAGCGGCGAGGCUGCAGGAGGCAUUGGAGGAGCACCAAGAAAUGCAGCAGAAGGCGGAAGAAAAACAAAGGGAGCAGGAAAUGACCAUCGCAGAGCUAACGACACUGCUCGCCAAUGCACGGGAACGUAUCAGAAACGAGAGGCAGCGCAAUGAGGGCCUCCUCAGCAAGCUGGAGGCUACCACCAAAGCGGAGAAGGCCCUAAAGGCGGAGCUGCAAGCAACUCAGCAAUUGGAGGAGGAAGGGAGAAGACAGCUGUUGAGCCUGACAUGGGGAUUGGACGCUCCGCCUCGGUACACGUCUCUCCCUGGAUCUCCCCGCGAGAGAUACAAGCAGCAACAACCACCCGAAAGUCAGCAGCGGCGGCAGCAUGAGCGAGGGCAGGAAAUCGCUGCGGCACAUGCGGAAGUCUCAAGCGAGUCUGCACUCUCCAGCUCACAACGCAGAGAACGGGAUAGAACUUGUCUCACAGUGGCCUUCAAUUGUGCAAUGCCACCCUUAGGUAGGGACAUGUUUUGGCUCCCUGCAGUGUGUGUAUGUGUGCCGACGUAA